UCUAUGUACGAAUGUGUGAACGAAUGCUAUAAAACCAGAAUCUCUAUUUCUUAUUACCGAAAAUACGAUAAAAUUGUGAAAUUGCCACGUAUAGUUUGUUACAGAAUUAUGUUGUCACCUUCGUCGAGUGCAAACGAUGACGAGGAUGUCUUUACUUAUCAAAUAGAAGUUUUAUUUCCAAAUAUCACAGAAGAUAAAAUAAGAACCGUAGAAUUCUUGGAUGCAGCUCGAGGUCUUGUGCGAACUAUUGAAAAACUUGGCAAAGUGUUUGCUCCGGUUAAAUAUGAUAUCCAGGGUAACAUUGAUAAACUCGCGUCCCGGCAUGUAAAGGAUAAAGAAAAAAACGCGAUUCUACAAGAUAUGAUUCUAAUUGAAAAAAAUACUGAAACUAAAUUAAUCGCUACGGAUGCUCUAACGUGGUUAACCAGAGCCUUGCAUAUGAUUCUGUUAUUUUUCGAACAAAUUGUCGAGGACUCUAAAACGGCAACACCAACAGAGGAUUUAGUAGCAUUUUUAAAAAAGGCUUAUAAAGAAGCUCUACAACCAUAUCACGGUUGGAUGGCGCAACAACUUUUUGACCUUCUUUCGCUCAUGGUUCCUACACGUUCGCAACUUUUACAAACAUUUACUAAUGAACAAACUACCGAGAUUAGCAUCAUUAUAAAGAGCAUGGAAAUUUAUUUAAUGCGUUUACGAAAAAACGUAUUAGCGAUACAGUUAUUUUAUAAAACUAAUAAUCUCUGAGAUAAGACAUUUUAUUAGUCUGAGAAUUGUGUUCAUUAGGUAUUGUGUUAACUGAGAAUAUUUGCUAAAGGAAACAUCUGCAAUAGUAUUUUAAUAUAAUGUACUAGUAUACUGUACAGUAAUUACACUUAGCCAGUAUUUGCUCAAAACUCUAUAUAUAAUUAAAAAAUGAGACUAGCUACAAAGGUAUUUUAGAACAGUUUAACAUCCAUCCUAUGUACAUGUAUUGUAUAAAUGCAUUAAAUAAAACACUUUAGCACGA